AUUACAUACUGGGACAUUAGCUACAUUUUAAGACAACGCAGUUGAUUUGGCGCAGCUGUUUGCACUCAUGAAUGUAUAAGACCAUGCACUCCAGCCCAGUCAACACAUCCAUGAGGCCAGCCCACGCAAAGCGGCGCGCCAGACGGACAGCGCAGGCGCAGCAGAACAGGGGCAUACAGACGCAGCAGCAGCCAUGGCAGACGAAAAAAACAAGGAGGGAGUGAAGACGGAGAACAAUGAACACAUCAACCUGAAGGUGGCAGGGCAGGAAGGCUCAGUGGUGCAAUUCAAGAUUAAAAGGCACACUCCUCUCAGCAAACUGAUGAAAGCGUAUUGUGAACGACAGGGGCUGUCAAUGAGGCAAAUAAGAUUUCGAUUUGAUGGUCAGCCCAUCAAUGAAACAGACACACCCUCACAGCUAGAAAUGGAGGAUGAAGAUACAAUUGAUGUGUUCCAACAGCAAACCGGAGGUUCUUCUCUUUAAAGACUGUUUCCUAUGGACAGCCCUACCUCCCUCUUCAUCCCUGAACAUCUUUUUAUCCCCAGUCUUCAAAUGUUCAUGACCAGUGUUGAUACCAUUCAGUGGAAUACUUUUCCAAAAGGCUCAAAGACGGUGGCACAGUUGAUGUAGAUAAAUUUAAUCCCACGGUUUGUAUCUUAACAUGUCCAAACUGCGCGGUGUAGACAAGUUGUAAGCUACAGUGAGUCUAAUGUGCUAAAGAAAUGAAAAUCUUGCUUUUUUUUUUUCUUUUUUUUUUGAGGAUUUAGAGAGAAAUCCUUGUUUUAUACCCAUGUCUUUGAGGUUUUGAUUCAGAUUGUUCAGUAAGCUGGCAUUUUAAAUUCUCAUCGGUUAUAAAAAUGUGUUAUUGGAAUAAAUUGAGUUUUUUUUUUUUUUUUUU